AUAGGGCGAUCACAUUUUUUUCUUUCUUUUUUUUUUUUUUUUUUUUUCUUUUUUUUCUUUUUUUUAAUGUAAACGUCAGGGUAUCGUAAAUCAUAUGAUUCGUUGUUCGUGAUGCGUGUCCAUCGUGGUUUUCUUCCUGGCCUUUUCGUUGGUGUUACUCUCGUGUUCGUCCUUCUAAAUUCAAGGUCAAGUACGGUCACGCUCAACUCUUCCAUCGAUGUCACGAUCGAACCUCGCGAUUUCGACAGAAAGGAUGAUACACGUUUCGUCGGAAAUUAUGCAUUCAAUAUCAACAAGACAUAUCGAUACGUCACGCCCUCCCUGGCUGAAUUGGGCGGUCGUGGAAAUUUGCCCGAGAUGAAUAAGCACGUACUCAUGCUGACACGUGUACCCGGUGCCGGUGCAGAACUAUUGGUGCUGAUCCUGCAACGUUUGCAAGGUUACAAUGCGUUUAAACAUAUUCGUUUGCCGGCUGGCGAUUCUGGACUUUUGACGACGUUGCAGCAGGAACUACUCGUGGAAGAGAUAACAAGUAUUAUAAGGCAAGAGGCUAUACCAUUGAGUUUCGAUGGCGAUAUAAGGUUUUUGAAUUUUUCUGAAUUUGGUCGUCAGGCACCAACUUUCUUAGCCUUAGCAAGGGAUCCUUUGGAUCCACGUGCUUUGCAUAGAUAUCGGAAAGGUGGGAUGGCGGCCGUUCUUUAUCGCGGAACGAUCUCUCAUUUUUGUGGACAGGAUCCUCGUUGCUCGAAAAGAAAUAACAAAUGGGCGUUACAACGAGCCAAGGCAAAUGUUGUUCGAUGGUAUCCAGUGGUCGGUCUUCUUGAUUACAUGAAAGAAACUUUACACGUUCUUCAAAAGGAAUUUCCGUACUUUUUCACCGGUUCCCUUCGCAUAUAUAAUAAGUUGCGACCAAAAGAAAAUUAUUUAUCGAAACGUUCGAUAAAUCUCAAAGCACGAACGAAAAAGGUAUUGGAAGAAAUAAUGGCGGAUGAAGUAGAAUUUUAUAAAUGGUUGAAAUUUCGAUUACUUAAUCAAACAUCCAAUAAUGGAUGAUAAUCAAGUUUAAAGAAUAAUUGGUGUUGUUUUUCGAAUCAUCAAAAUUAAUUUUAAUCUUCCAAUUAAAA